AUGGCUCCACCAACAUCAAUCAAGAAAGUCCAACAGCUUAACGGCUGCUUGGCGUCUUUGAACAGAUUCAUUUCAAGAUUGGCAGACAGGGCUCUCCCCUUCUUCAGGAAUUUAAGGGGAGGAAAAAAGUUUGAAUGGGAUGAAGCUUGUCAAAAAGCUUUCGUCGAGCUGAAGUCAUAUAUUGCGUCUCCACCAUUGCUUACGAAACCUCAGCCCGGAGACACCCUCCUCCUAUACUUAGCGACUUCAGCUGAUGCCAUCAACGCAGUCUUCAUUCGAAAUGGAGAAAAAGGCCACCAGCCUAUAUACUACAUAAGUCGCGCCCUCCAUGGAGCCGAACAAUGCUAUACCAACAUGGAGAAACUCGCCCUCACCCUCAUCAACGCGGCUCGGAAACUCCGACCCUACUUCCAAUCACAUCAAGUGGUGGUUCUCACCAAUUACCCCCUAAAGCAGAUAUUAAGGAGUCCCGAGACAUCCGGGCAGUUAGCCAAAUGGGCAAUAGAGCUGAGUGAAUACGGGGUAGAAUUCAAGCACCGCCCCGCCAUCAAGGCGCAAGUAUUGGCCGACUUUUUAGUAGAAAUGAACUUAGUAGAAGAGAGAAACUCCCUCCCCGCUUGGUCCAUCAACGUUGAUGGAUCUUCCACAGCCACAGGAGGUGGCACGGGUAUCGUAUUAACGAACCCCAACGGAGAUGAAUUCGAAUAUGCUCAACGAUUCGAAUUCACAGCCUCAAACAAUGUGGCUGAAUAUGAAGCCUUGAUUGCUGGAAUUCUCCUCGCCCUAGCAGCUGGAGCGCGUAAGCUCCUAAUACAAAGCGACUCUCACCUCGUCGUUAACCAAUUACUCGAAACCUACGAGGCCAAAGAUUACUCCAUGGCCAAAUACUUAGCUCUGACGCACACUCUAUUAUCUAAGUUCGAGAGCUACGGAAUAAGACAAGUGCCUCGCUCCAGUAACAUCCAUGGGGACAAAUUAGCUAGGCUUGGAAGCUCCAUGGCAAGCAUUGGGAGUCGGAAAGUUACUCUCAUCACCUCGCCUCAACUGGAGAUAACUUCAACCGAUGAAGUGCAUUACAAUGAGGAGGACGAACCGUGUUGGUUCACUCCAAUCAUAAAGUAUCUCAAGGAGGGAGAACUUUCAACUGACAUCACCGAAGCACGGAAGUUAAAUACAAGAGCCGCUCGCUUCGUAAUAGUGGGAGAAUAA